AUGACUGUUUACGGUGGCAAGAAGCAUUCAACAAACAACGUUUCCACAAAUUACAUUAUCACUCCAGGAAAGGAGAUUUUGGCCGUGAGGUGUAAAAGCUCUAAAAGCAAGCCAUGGAUUCUAGCGAGUGUUAGUAACGGAAUGAUCACAGAUCCGCUAUGGAAAUGUUUCAGUUUAAGAAAUGAGAUCUUCAAUGGAAACCCUUGGACAAAACCCAAGUUUAACGAUAGCCAUUGGGCCCAGGCCGUUGCCGGGUUCUCAAAUCGAGGAGAAAACCCAUUGGGAAAAGUCCUGGACAUUAAAGAUGAAGCCCUCUGGAUAUCAACCGCUGAAGAUAACCCGAAGUUGUUUUGCAGGCGUAAUCUGUCUGAUAAAGCGACAUUACCCUUAACUGCCAUCCGACAAGAUAUCUCAAGGGGUAUGCCUGAAUAUAUUUGAUAGUCUUUAAAAGAUUUAUUUUUAUAUAAAACACAUUUUUCAAAUCUAUUUCGAUGUUUCUUUAUUGCUCUCUCUAGCUACUUCUUUAUAGUUUUAUUACCCACAUUAUCUUGUUUGUUUGCUACGGAAUUGUGGCUGGCUAAUUUUCUAGGAGAGGGAGAAAUUCAAUCCCCAAAGAGUAGUAUGACUGUGAAUAACGAAAACGGUAGUAGAAUUUUUCCCCAAAAUGUUGGUAGGGUUCGUGUAUAAUUCUGACAGGAUUGGUCUGUGCAACUAUCCUUCCUAAACUCGCGUCUUACAGAGAAAUGGGUUCAGAAACCCGCGGGUUCACGAAACCACCCGUCUCCAUAGGCAUAAGAGUGAUUCCUUCUCUGUAAGUUGAGUCUCUCCAAUCUCACUGUUACAAGGAAGCCGAUCGGUAAUUGUUGUUGUUACAGCGUGAACUUUUAUGACCAUCUAACUAACCAGUAGCUUACACUGAAAAACAUUUUCAUGAAUGCUAAUAUUCAUCGAACCAAAAAGCGUUGCCAAUAAGGUGAAUAGCGUUAUCCACCGAAUAAAAAUCUAUUCAGUGGAUAAAGCAGUUGGUUUCCCUAAUACUUAUACGGUAGAUAUAGAGAAUAUUACACGGUGGCGAGAAGAUAUGAAUUUUAUGUUCGAGUGGCAAGAACAAUAUCUCUCGAGUGAGCGCAGCGAACGAGUGGGAUAUUGCUCUUGCCACGAGAACAUAAAAUUCAUAUCUUCGAGCUAACGUGUAAUAUUCUUUUUAUUAUAUAAACAUACUGAUGACGGCGUUUUUGAUGAUUUUCCGAAGAUUUCCGACCACCUUCCGAAGAUUUCCGAAGAUUUUCAAAUUGUCCCGAAGACCAGACGAACGUUCCCGAACAUUUUCCGCGAAUUUCCGAAGAUGUCCGAAGAUUGCCGAGCACUUUCGAGGAAGACCCGAAGAUGUUUCGAUGAUACACCAACGAAUUUAAGUACAAUUUAAGAGACAAACCUGAUGUCAGUGAAAUUAUCGAUAUCUUCACAUGUAAAAAUAUCGUAUUUUUACGUGUGUUCAGAUACCACAUUUCUCGGUGGUAGAAAUCCUUGUAAAACACUGCAGUUUAUAUAAUAAAGUGAUUUAUCCAGUGGACAGCGCUUCCAACGUUUGAACAACCAGGCCCAGUAAGUUAGCGUUUUAGACGACUGUGCCCGUAUGGUUUGAGUUAGUAAAAUGUUACUCAGGACCAGUUCUGAAAUUAUGUGACUGAAGCAGAGCACAACCACUUGUAGAUGAAGCAGCGGCAGCAAGUGCCCAACCCACACAAUUUGUUUUUACUUUAAUUUAGCUCAACAUUGCAUUCUAGAAUUCAUUAUGUGCCAUUGAUCAACAGAUACUUUUCAGACCAAACUCGAUGGAGUAGACUACGCACUCCUCGGCCAGCCUCUUUCUCAACACCAUGUCAGUGACGUCAUAGAGUGUUUUAGGAAAUGCCGCGAUGACUCUCAGUGCCUCUCUUUCAACUUUGAGUACCAGUCAGUAUUACCCACAAGGAGGUGCGAGCUUCAUGCCAUUACCAAAAACCAGGAUCCCAAGAAUUACGUCACGAGGCCUGGCUACACAUAUUAUGAGUCAUAA